AUGGAUAAUCUUCGGGCGCUUACCGAGUCUACAACUAGAACGCUCUCAACAAACUUUUGCGCAUUUCCACAGUCUGAGCUAGCAGAUUUCGUUCAGUCUAUGUGGAAAUUUAAUGAGAACGAAGACGUGGAAUCUUCUUCUAAGAUGACACAAGAUGAACUCUACUGCGAAGAAUUCUUUAGGCAAACGGUACAACGGACCUGUUCUGGACGCUAUGUCAUCAAGUACCCGUUUAAGAAUUCCAUCGACCUAACAACCUUGGCGGAUUCGAAAGAAGAUGCCUACAAACUCUUUCACCAUCAACUCAAUCGCCUAGAGAAGGACCCAAAAAUGAAGACGAUGUAUGAUGAAUUCAUGUCCGAAUAUCUAGAACUCGGGCAUAUGGAACUUGUUCAUGAAGUCUCAUCUCAACCGAAUUGCUACAUUCCCCACCAUGGCGUAUACAAGGAAUCGAGUUCGACAACGAAAUUGAGAAUUGUCUUCAACGCAUCCAGGAAGUAUAAAUCAGGUAAAACACUAAAUGAUUGUCUUCAUGUAGGUCCCAAACUGCAGAGUGAAUUGUCGGCGAUUAUCCUGAAAUGGCGUACUCAUCGAAUUGGAUUUAUGGCAGAUAUUGAGAAAUGCUAUAGACAAAUACUGGUGCAAAGAGACGAUGCGGAUAUGCAGAGAAUCAUAUGGAAAGAUGAAGAAGGACGACCAGCUGUCUACAGAUUGCUUACUGUCACUUAUGGUUUAAACUGCUCUCCGUAUGUCACCAUCAAAGUUCUCCAUACUCUGGCCAACGAUGAAGAGGCUAAUUUUCCUCAAGCUGCUAAGGUACUUCGUGAGUCAUUUUAUAUGGAUGACUGUCUCCACGGUGCCGACUCUGUUGAGGCAGCUCAACAAUUACAGCUGGAACUGCAGAACUUACUACAACGGGGAGGUUUCCUGCUCCGAAAAUGGAACUCAAAUUCUACCGAGUUUCUACAAGGAAUAAGCGUAUACGAUAAGUUGACUGAACAGUGUUGCGAUCUUAAUUUGGAUCGUGAAACCAAGGCGCUUGGGAUCUAUUGGUUUUGUCAAACUGAUUGCAUUGGUUACAAAGUGAACGUCACGAAACUCUCAACACCAAUCACCAAACGCCAACAGCUCUCCGAUGUGGCCAAAAUCUAUGAUCCAACUUGUCUACUGGCUCCAGUCGUGAUUACAGGGAAAAUUAUGUCACAACAACUUUGGCUUUCUGGUAUAUCUUGGGAUGAUCCACUUCCAGAACCUCAUCAAAAGAACUGGAUCCAAUUUCGAGAAGAGCUUCCAUUGAUAGAGAACAUCAAGGUUUCAAGGUGGAUAUUCUCGUCUGUAAAUGCCUCAAGUUACCAACUACAUGUUUUUUCCGAUGCUUCUACUUCUGCUUAUGCUGCUGUCUCUUACCUGCGAGUGAAAACAUCUGAUGGUGAAUAUAGAGUGUCACUUCUUAUGGCAAAAACUAAAGUGGCACCUUUGAAGAAAAUUACCGUUCCGUGCUUGGAACUCAAUGGUGCACUUCUUGCUUCAAAAGUUGCGUCCAAAGUUCUCGACACCUUACAGUUGCCAUCCAUCACCAUCUAUUGCUGGUCAGACUCGAAGACAACUCUGAGCUGGAUUCGAUCAAACCCAGGAAAACAUAAACAGUAUGUGGCUAACCGAAUCACCAAAAUCCAAGAGCUGACAACUAUCGACUGCUGGAGGUAUGUGCCAACUAAAAGUAAUCCAGCUGACAUAGCUUCUCGAGGCGUCUACCCUUCUCAGCUACAUAGUCUUGACUUAUGGUGGUCUGGUCCAACAUGGCUACAAAAAGAUGAAGGAGAAUGGCCUGAACAAAAAUUUGUCGUCAGUGAUGUACAGGAGGUGACAACACUUUUUGCUACUCAUAGCCCGUCGAAGUUAACAGAGGAUAAGAUGGCACUGGGUCUUCUCUACAAAUAUUCUGACAUCAACACAUUAAUUGGUGUAACAUGCUGGUGCUAUCGUUAUAUUGCCAUCAAACUAAAACAACCACAUGCUACCUCAUCCUGGUGCACAGCUUCUGAGCGACAAGCUGCCUUACAGUUUUGGAUAAGGUAUGUUCAAAGAAUACAUUUUACUAAUGAAAUUUCUUGUCUCUUACAGGGUAAACCUGUCAGCUCAAAGAGCAAGCUAAUGAAACUCAAUCCAAUGAUUGACGAUACUGGCAUCGUACGAUUGAAUGGCAGAUUAAAAAAUGCCCUAUUGACUGUGUCUGAACGGUUUCCUAUCAUUUUGCCUAAGGAAAGUAAACUUACGUCUUUGCUUAUUGAUCAAGCACAUAACGCCACUAUGCAUGGUGGCAAGCAAACGACAAUUAACUUUCUUCGAAGGCGCUAUUGGAUUAUCGACUGUCGUUCCUCAGUACAGAAGUUCAUUCGUCGAUGCUUGAUAUGCUGUCGUCAUAAGCCACAACCUACAACACAAAUUUUGGGAAUUCUUCCCACACCUCGGUGCACAGCCGCUGCUCCGUUUAAGCAUUCCGGACUAGACUAUGCCGGACCCUAUGCGAUUCGUACAACAAAAGGCCGAGGUCAUCGAAGUUACAAGGGAUGGGUCGCUCUUUUUGUCUGUCUGAGCACUAGAGCUAUUCAUCUAGAACUCGUUAGUGACAUGACAACUGAGACAUUCCUUGCAGCCUUACGACGAUUCUUUUCUCAACGAGGGUACAGCUCUAGCAUCUAUAGCGACUGUGCAACGACGUUUGCAAGUGCAAAUGCAGUUCUGAAACAAGACUUUACGGCUUAUCAAAAACAGUUGGAAGCAGGUGCACGAUCUGUGUCUUGCCAUGGUGUAUCUUGGCACUUUAUUCCACCAGGCUCCCCAAACUUUGGAGGCAUAUGGGAGGCUGGAGUCAAGAGCAUGAAACACCAUCUAAAGCGGACAAUCGGGGAAGCAACGUUAACCUUCGAGGAGUUUUACACAGUCAUCAAGCAAAUUGAAGCUGUGCUGAACUCAAGGCCGAUUUCAGCCCUUUCAGAUGAUCCUGGAGAUUUUGCUGCCUUGACCCCUGGGCACUUUUUGGUGGGCGGUCCCAUCACUGCCACUCCGGAACCGGACUUAAUUGACAUCAAGACAGGUAGACUCUCACGCUGGAAACAACUCCAACAAAUGCAGCAGGAUUUCUGGAAAAGGUGGAGCUGUGAAUAUUUGCAUGAUCUACAAGUAAGAAGCAAGUGGCAAAAAUCGAAGGCCAACAUUAAAGUGGGUGAUCUGGUCCUAGUGAAAGAUGAACGGGCACCGCCACCGACCCAAUGGCUACUGGGCCGUGUUUUGGAAGUUCAUACUGGAGAGGACGAUCUAGUGCGGGUUGCAACCAUCCGUACACAGUCAUCAAUAAUAAAACGAGCUAUUUCAAAGCUGGUCGUGCUUCCUGUCGACAACGACUCUGCGGAUGAACACGGUGGGCGGCCAGAUGUUUCGUCGCAAUAA